CUCUCUGUCAUAACCACCGCCAGCUUGUGUGUGUGUGUGCUUGCUAUGGCGGCAGGCGCAUAAGAUCUCUUUUUCUUCUUCUUCCAGCGGAACCCUCGGCUCCGUAGCCCCCCCGAUCCCGGAGCUCGAUCUCUCUGUUGAUCCACUUUUCCCCGCCUCUUCUCUUGCCGGCCUCGAAAAAAAUAUUGAAGGAAAGAAGAAUAAAAAGAUGGUGGGAAGCGGGUGGAGGAAAGCCAAGCUCGCCCUGGGGGGUUUAAACCUCUGCCUCUACUCCUCCGAGGCCGUCGAUGGCAGCGGUGACGCCAGCCCCCCUGACAGGCGGGACGACGACGCUUCGCUGGAGACGGAGUUCUCGGAUCUCGGAGCCCCGGCGCUCAACGCUCCUAGCCUGUCGUCCUCCAGCCUCUGGGCGCGGGCGUCCAGAUCCGGCAGCGGAUCCUCCAAAAGGACAUGUGCUAUUUGUCUGGCGACCAUGAAACCAGGGCAAGGUCAUGCCCUCUUCACUGCAGAAUGCUCCCAUAGCUUCCAUUUCCGCUGCAUUGCCUCAAAUGUGAAGUUCGGCAACCAUGUUUGUCCAGUUUGUAGAGCUAAAUGGAAGGAAGUUCCCUUCCAAGGUCCUUCCUUUGCUGAGUCCUCUCAUGUUAGAUCCAGAAUUAACCCAGUGAUUUGGCCCCAUCACGGGGGUCACAUGAACAUUCGGCGCCAGAACUCUGUGCCCCUGUUGCGUAGCUCAGAGCGUAGCGUCUUCGAUGAUGAUGAGUCGCUGGGCUCCCCAUCCGAGGUUUCCGGAGUUCCCCCGCAUGGAUGUGCCAAGAUGGUGGAGAUAAGCACAUACCCGGAGUAUCCAGCCAUUUCGCAGUCAGCUUCUACGGAGAACUUUACCGUUCUGAUUCAUCUCAAGGCACCUCUUGUUCCCAGAACACAGAAUCCCGGCAAAGAUGUCCAUGGAGAUGCCCAAGUUCCCAGAAGCUAUCGAGCUCCAGUUGACCUGGUCACGGUGCUUGAUGUCAGUGGUAGCAUGUCGGGCACGAAGCUUGCACUUCUGAAGCAGGCUAUGGGGUUUGUGAUCCAAAACCUCGGUCCGUCGGACCGUCUUUCAGUGAUCACUUUCUCCUCUACAGCACGAAGGCUGUUUCCUCUCCGCCGGAUGUCCGAGUCUGGCCGCCAGGAGGCCUUGCAGGCGGUCAAUUUGCUGACAACAAGUGGCGGAACAAAUAUAGCAGAGGGACUCAGGAAGGGUGCCAAAGUGAUUGAAGAUCGCAAGGAGAAGAAUCCCGUCUGCAGCAUCAUUCUCCUCUCCGAUGGGCAGGACACCUACAUCUUUACUCCCACCAUUCGCAACGGACAAGCGACGGAACCAGACUACAGAUCACUUGUGCCGUCCUCCAUUCGAGACGGAAGUGCGCAUCACGUGCCCGUUCAUGUAUUUGGCUUUGGCUCCGACCAUGACUCCGCAUCGAUGCAUUCCAUCUCCGAGACCUCUGGCGGGACAUUCUCAUUCAUCGAGGCUGAGGGUGCAAUUCAAGAUGCAUUUGCACAGUGUAUCGGAGGUCUUCUUAGUGUGGUGGUGCAAGAAAUGCAGGUGAGGCUGGAAUGCUUGCACCCUGAUGUGCACCUUCGAUGUAUAAAAUCAGGCAGAUAUCCCAGUAGGGUUGCAGAUGAUGGACGCAGUGGGACCGUAGCCGCCGGGGACAUGUACGCAGAUGAAGAGAGGGACUAUCUGGUUUCAGUCAAUGUUCCUGCCGCCGACGUCGACACUCCAUUGCUCAAGGUUAGCUGUGCCUACGGAGACCCUGUUACGAAGGAGGUAAUGCGUCCGGAAGCUGUACAGGUAAAGAUCCCUAGGCCAGUGUUGGUGGUGUCACAAACGAUGUCGCUCGAGGUGGACCGUCAAAGGAACCGGCUCCAAGCUGCAGAGGCCAUGGUGGAAGCAAGGGCAGCUGCCGAACGUGGUGAACUAUCGGAGGCUGUUUCUGUGCUGGAGGAUUGCCGGAAAAGAAUUGUAGAGUCCGAGGCUGGGAAGUCAGGUGACCGGUUGUGCGUGAGCCUGGACGCAGAGCUGAAAGAGAUGCAGGAGAGGAUGGUGAGCCAGCAAAGAUAUGAGGCAACUGGUCGGGCAUACGUUCUGUCAGGGUUGAGCUCACACUUGUGCCAGAGAGCAACUACACGUGGGGACAUGACAGAAAGUGGCAGCUUUGUUCAAUCCUAUCAGACGCCUUCCAUGGUUGACAUGCUGCAGAGGUCCCAAACAUUUAGUCCUGCGACUCGGCGUUCAAAUCCGAAGAUGCGACACACAAGGUCAUUCCCAGCCGGGCCAAAACCCAGAUAGUUGGUUUCCAAUUACUUGUGGAAACAGAUGGAUCUGUCCUGCUAUUUGUACUCGGUGUCCUAUUUUCUCCUGUUCUUCAGUGACGAGGGAAGAUUGGGUGGGAUACAUUGAAGAAAGAGGAGAGAGGGAGAUGAUCCGGAGGAUUUUAAAUUGGUGCUGGAGUUAUUGUUUUAUUGCAAAUGAAUAAGUUGGGAUGGUUAACAAGAGCAGGAAUUGGGCUAUAUGUGUGUGUGUAUAUGUAAGAAAAAGAUUGUACUAAUAAUUAUCUGGAACAAUGUUUCGCUUUGUCCGCA